UCGGGCAACAUCCGGUGGCCUGGCGCGUCGCCGGGGGAAGCGGGACUUGCCCGGGCAGCAGCAUGGCUCGCAAGCGCGCGGCGGGCGGGGAGCCGCGGAAACGCGACCCUCGCGGGCAGCAGUCCGAGGGCAGGAGCGCGGCCCGGCGUGGGAAGGAGGCGGGCGAGAGCGAGGCCGAGCCGGGCUCGGCGGGCGGACGCCGCGGGAGGGCGGCGGAGGCCGGACGCGGAGCGCCUGUUCCGCGUGGUCCCCUAGAUGUCUCUGAAGACGAGAAGCUCCCGAAGAAGAGCCUUCCCUCCAGAGCCUCACGGGGAAGGAGGAAGAGAAGCUGCGGCCAUCCCGGGGGCGCAGCAGGUGGUCCCGCACGAAAGAAAGUGGCCAAGGAGACCCUCGAGGUCGUGAAGGAGGAAGCCCUCGGCGACGGGGAGGAUUGCAGAGCCCUCUCUGAUCCUUCCCCCGUCCUCCCUGAUUUCCCGUCGCACGUUCAGACGUGGAACACGGGUCUGCCUGGCGUUCCAGUUACCCGUGACCACGCCACGUUCCCCGGCUUGGCGCUGCGCAAGCCCUCAGAGGGCGGGAACCGUGAGCUCGGCGAGCCUGUGCCAGGCGGCGCGGGAGAAGGCGCGGCCUCCCCGCAGUGCCCGCUGCCCACGGAGCCCGUGGAGAUAGAGAUCGAGACACCGGAGCAGGCGAGAACGAGAGAGAGAAGGGAGAAGAUAAAGAUGGAGUUUGAGACGCACCUGCGGAGGGUGAUGAAGCGUUUCAGCAGGGAGGUCCACGAGGACACACACAAGGUCCACCUCCUGUGCCUGCUGGCCAAUGGCUUCCAUCGAAACCGCGUCUGCAGCCAGCCGGACCUGCGCGCCAUAGGCCUGUCCAUCGUCCCGACGCGCUUUACCAGAGUGCCGCCCCGAGACGUGGACGCCGGCUACCUCUCGAACCUGGUGAAGUGGUUCGCGGGAACGUUCACGGUCAACGCGGACCUCUCGGCCGACGGGCAGGACAGCCUGCAGACCACGCUGGAAACACGCUUUGCCAUCUACUCCGCGCGGGACGACGAGGAACUGGUCCACAUAUUCCUGCUGAUCCUCCGGGCCCUGCAGCUCCUGACCCGACUGGUGUUGUCUCUGCAGCCGAUUCCUCUGAAGGCGCCAGCGGCAAAGGGAAAGAAACCCUCCAAGGAGAGACCCACAGAGGAUCCCGGAGGCUCCUCAGAGACGUCCAGCCAAGUUCCCGGAAACCACAGCCAACCGAGGCCCGGCAAAGGAGCCAGACGAGAGGGAGCCUUCUCCAAGGCCGCCGGCAACCCCGGUGCCAAGGGCAAGAGGAGCGAGGCGGGCAGCAGGAGACGCGGCGAGCCCUCGUCCAGCGAGGAGGAAGGGGGCGCACGGGGCGAGCGGGAGGCGGCGACCCGGCCACGCGCUCGGGGCCGGAAGCGGCGGGCAGCCCGCAGGGUGUCCUACAAGGAGGAGAGCGGCAGCGAGGAUGGCGGCGCCGGCAGCGGCUCCGAGUUCGAGCUCCCCGCCGGGGCGGCCCACGACCCCUCUGACAAGGAUUCUGGACCCGGCCUUCCCAGGCAGAGGAGGGCGCCCGCCGCGCAGAGGGGCAAGGCUGCGGCCCGGCGUGGGCACCCGGGCUCUGCGGCAGCUCCCGCCGGCUCCGCGAGCAGUAAGGGGGGCCGGAGCACGCCCGGCGACGGCGAGGCGGCGGCCGGGGGGCGCCCGGCGGGCGUCGACCACUGGCUGGAGGUGUUCUGCGAGCGGGAGGCCAAGUGGGUGUGCGUGGACUGCGUGCACGGCGCCGUCGGCCAGCCCGCCACCUGCUACCGGUUCGCCUCCAAGCCCCUGAGCUACGUGGUGGGCUUCGAGGGCGACGGCUGGGUCCGCGACGUCACGCCGAGGUACGACCCCGCCUGGCUGACAGCCACCCGCAGGCUUCGCGUGGACGCUGCGUGGUGGGCCGAGACGCUGCGGCCGUACCGGAGCCCGUGCGUGGAGCGGGAGGCGCGGGAGGACUCGGAGUUUCAGGCGAAGCAGCAGGACCAGCCCCUGCCCACCGCGGUCGGCUUGUACAAGAACCACCCGCUGUACGCGCUGAAGCGGCACCUCCUGAAGUACGAGGCCAUCUACCCCGAGUCGGCCGCCGUCCUCGGGUACUGCCGCGGAGAAGCCGUCUACUCCAGGGACUGCGUGCACACCCUGCACUCCCGGGACACGUGGCUGAAGAAGGGCCGGGUCGUGCGGCUGGGCGAGGCGCCCUACAAGGUAACGAGCGGGGCGCAGGGCGCGGGCGAAGCUGGGGUGGGCCGGGCGGGGCGGUGGGGACGAGGGGCCGCCCGCGACGCGGACCGGAGACGCCUCCCUGCCCUGGCUGAGCGGCGUUUGCGGAGGAGGCGAGCGUUUAAUGGCGUCUUGUUGCCGAGGCGUUCGUGGGAAACGGACCGGCCCAAACACACGAGGGACGCAGGCCGCAGACUCCGGUCGGGGGCUCGAGACCCCGCGGCCCGGAGCCGGGUUCCGGGUGGUUCCGAGCAGCCAGACCCUCCCCUGCAGGGGCGCGUUCUCCACUCAAGCCGCUCCUUCCCGCGUGCGAGUCUCCGCGGCCCCAGGAGCUGGCGGCCCAGCACCCAUCCUGCAGAUGGGAACGCCGGCGCCCAGGGGGGUGGCUGGUCGGGAGCCCACGGGCGGGGCGGGGCGGGGCGGGCCCAGCGGGGUCACCGUGCGCGUCCCCACAGCACGGACGGCUACGUGGUCUGCGAGGAGUUCCGCGACGUGCUGCUGAGCGCCUGGGAGACGGAGCAGGCGCUGGCCGAGAGGAAGGAGAGGGAGCGCAGGGAGCGGCGGGCCGUGGCGCGCUGGGCGGCGCUGGUCAAGGGGCUGCUCAUCAGGGAGAGGCUGCGGCUCCGCUACGGGCCCCAGAGCGAGGCCGCAGCGCCCCACGCGGCUGCAGGAGCCGGGCUCUCUUCCGACGAGGACGAGGGGCCCAGCUCGCGCGCGCAGGCGGCCAAGGUCCGGGCGGCCUCCUGGCCCCAGAACCGAGCGGCUGAGGAGCAGCAGGCGCCGAAGAGCUCCCGGAAGACCCGGCGGGAAAGGCAGGCGGAGGCCGCGCACCUGUUCCCCUUCGAGAAGCUGUGACCCGGCGCCCGCGCCCGCCCGGGUGGCGGCGUCUUCCCUGUGGGACGGCCACUGGGGGCGGCUGGGCAGAGGGGAGGCCGAGGCGGAGGCCGGGGUGGAGGCCAAGGCGGAGGCUGGGGUGGAGGCCGCGGGUCUGGGCCGCCCCAGCCCUCGCCACGUUCACCCAGCGAGCGACUUUCAGUGCUUUUUCCCCCCAAAGCCCACCUGCUCCCCGAGCUACAGACUUUCCCACGAGCCGCUCUCCGCCUGCUAGACCUGUUGUUCCCGUCCCGGGACCGUGGUCGGUUUCUGUGUAGAAGCCACCGGGGGCUUUUCUGGACACCGGUGCAGUCGGAUUCUGGGGCACUCAGGGACUCCAGUCGGUCUCCCCCCAUCAGACAGGCGUCCCCGCCCAUCGCAGACGCGGGCCGUGUCUCCGCAGGCCAUUCGUUCGGCCCCAGUCGGGUUCACUCACUGCCACGCGCUGCCUCUCCGUGGUGGGGAGAGCACAGGGACAGGCCACCUGGCCGUGGCAUUGGUGGGAUCCGUCUGCAAAGUGACGUUUCGUGGUGGCGGGAAACUAGAACGAAGCUAAAAUCAGGAAAGACAACGCUAAUUGCUAGCUAAAGAGAUGUUAGUAUCAAUAAAAGUGGAUCGAUGUCAAACUAGAUUCCAUUCAUAACUGGGCAAA